UGUAUUUACAUAGAUAUUCCGUGAUCUUCUACUAAAUCGGAAAUUUCUUGGAAACUCACAUGUUUCUCUGUUUCUUUGUAUGCUUCAUUUCAUUAAGGUGCUAAAAAGUGAAACCGCAUCACAUACCUUCUAUCUCUUACAAAUCAAGUGAUCAAUGGCAUCUUCAUCAUCAUCUUUUCAAUCAUGGAGUCGUGAUGUUUUCCUUAGUUUUAGAGGAGAAGAUACCCGCAAGACUUUUGUGGAUCAUCUCUACUCGGUUCUUGUACUACAAGGAAUCAACACUUACAAGGAUGAUGAAACACUUCCUCGAGGCGAAUGGAUCAGUACAUCCCUUAUGAAGGCUAUCGAGGAAUCACAGAUAGCUGUCAUCAUAUUCUCUACAAACUAUGCAGAUUCAUCGUGGUGCUUAGAUGAAGUUGCACAUAUUAUGAAAUGCAAGGAUACAAAUGGGCUAAUUGUUAUGCCCAUAUUUUAUGACGUGGACCCGUCUACAGUGCGAAAUCAAAAAGGAAAAUAUGGAGAAGCAUUUACCAAACAUAAGUUGGAGAAAAAGAACAAAGUUGAAUGUUGGAAAAAAGCACUUGUGGGUGCAAGUAGCAUCUCUGGAUGGGAACUCAAAAACAUUGCCAACGGGCAUGAAUCAAAGGCUAUCAAAGAAAUUGUUGACAAAAUUUCAUCGAGGUUGCAACUAGUAACUACAAGUACUGCAAAUGAGAGAUUGAUCGGAAUAGCACCUCGCAUGCAGCGUUUAAUAUCAGCCUUACAAAUUGGGACAUGUGGUGUGCGCAUGAUUGGAAUAUGGGGUGUUGGGGGUGGUGGUAAAACUACUCUUGCAUCUUCUGUAUUUGAUGAAAUAUCUAAAAAGUUUGAUGGUUGCUGUUUUGUUGCAAAUAUUCGAGAGGAAUCAAGUAGACGUGGUUUGAAAGAAUUAGAAAAAGAAAUUCUUUCACAAACGGGAGCAAACAUUGUUGGAAGAGGAAGAUCAUUGAGAGAUAAGAAGCUGUGCAAUAGAAGGGUAUUGAUUAUUCUUGAUGAUGUCGAUCAACUUGAUCAACUAGAAACUUUAGCUGGAUCACCUUAUUGGUUUGGUGAUGGAAGCCGAAUAAUAAUCACAACUAGAGAUGAACAUCUAUUAAAAGCUCACAAAGUUGUAGUACAUGAUGUUAGCUUGUUACAUGGUGAUGAGGCUAUUGAGCUCUUUCACAAGCAUGCAUUUCGAGGUUGCAUACCUAUGGAAGAGUAUGAGCAACUUUCAAAAGAGGUAGUCUCUUAUGCUGGUGGGCUUCCAUUAGCACUUACAGUUCUCGGUUCUUCUCUAUGUGACAAAAACAUUGAUCAAUGGAGGAGUGCAUUAACCAGGCUGAAAGAGAUCCCAGAUAACAAGAUUCUUGAAAAGCUAAAAGUCAGCUUUGAUGGACUUACAAAGAUUCAGAAAGAUUUGUUCCUUGAUAUUGCAUGCUUUUUUAGGUGGGAGGAAAUAGAUAUGGCAAUGGAGAAGCUUGAUGCUUGUGGUUUUCAUCCUGUUAUAGGAGUAGAGGAGUUGAGACAAAAGGCUCUCGUAACUAUUUCGGAUGGAAAGUUUGAUGAUCUAGUGCAAGAAAUGGGACACUACAUUGUUAGAGGAGAUCACCCUAAGAAUCCUGAAAAACAUAGUAGAAUUUGGAAGAAGGAAGAUGUUGAAAGAAUAUGUGCUAUGGAUGCAACAAUGGUAAAUUUUAAGCUAGCUUUGCAUGAUAUACAUGAUUAAC